UUUUGGUUUUGGUUUUUGUUGGGUAUAAAGCAGCAUAUUUCUGUGUACGUGGAAUUCAUUUGAUCUUCUUUUUUGAACUCAAUUUUCAAUAUUUUAGUGUUGCUUUUUGAACAAAGUGAAUUUGAAUUUUUGAAAACAAUAUUUUAACAUCAAUCAUGAUGCCCAAAAUUGUUGAUAAAAUUGUUGAUAUUGAUAUAUUUCAAGAUGUUUUCGGUGCAAUCGAUCAAAAUUUUAUUAAAUCAAUCGUUUCGAUUGUCAGUCUUUUUAAUGAUAGGCAAGAAUUUUUGAUGAUGACAAAUGAUUCUACUUUUGCUUAUGGUGAACGAAUAUGUAAAAUGUUAUCAUUAAAAUUUGAUAAAUUCAAACCACAAAAGAUUUCUCUAUUGGAUGAUAUGAAAAUCGUUCAAGUGGAUUCUGGUGACAAUUUUGUCGUUAUUCUCACUAAUGAUGGUCGUGUUUAUUUAGCCAGUAGUGAUAAUGCUUGGGAUACGAAAAAAACGUUUAAAUUAAUAACCGUCAGUAAUAAUGAUGAUCGUUUCAAAAUGAUUGCUUGUGGAGAAUCGGAUUUUCUAUUGUUACGAAAUGAUGGUAUCGUUAUUCAAAGCAUUACGACUUACGUUCCUAAUUCAAACCGAAACGGACCAAAACGUAUUGAAAUUAUUAAUUGUUUAAGUAAUGUGAAGCUUAUUGCUUGUGGUGGUCACAGUCAUUAUUUUGCAUCGACAAACAGAGAAAAACUUUGUUUAUGGCAAUAUACUUCUGAGCCAACAUUUCUUCAAAUUUCUAGUAAUUCGAUUAAUAAUCGAAUCAAAGAUAUUGCGUAUACCAAGGAUUUUCCCUCAAUUCUACUGGAAAAUGGGCAACUUUAUUUUUAUAAAGAGGGUAUAAUUUUUGGUGAGAAAUAUUUGUAUGUUGAUCAUGUUCCUUCACUAAAAUUAGUUCUUAGCCAAGUAGAAAAAAUUGCUACUUCAAAAUAUAGCGAAUUUGUAUUAGCUUAUAGUAAUUCAUCGUAUUAUGUAUAUGGGAAAAUUCACAAAAAUAAUUGGUCUUCAUUCACCAAAUUGAAUACUCAAUUUGAAUCAUUUGCAGCUAUUAUAGAAAGGUUCACACCGUCGCCCUUGACAUUUGGUCUAACAUCAACAUUUUAUCAACUUGAGGAUUGUAAUCAUCCACUUCCCAAACCCGAAGAAUCGAUUCGUCGAUUAUUUAAUAAUCCGGAUAAUUAUGAUGUUGAAUUCAUAAUUGGCAAAAAACAACAACGUAUUGUGGCAAGUAAAUGUUAUCUAAAAUCGGUUUCAGAAUAUUUUAGUAAAAUGUUAUCGGGGAAAUGGCUUGAAAAUGAUCGUAUAAUGAUUGAUACAUAUUCCUAUGAUACAUAUUAUUCAUAUCUAAAUAUGUUACAUUGUGGUAAUAAAGAUUCAAUCAAAAUCAAUGCAGACAAUAUUGGCGAAUUCACUGAUCUAGCGCAUUGUUAUUGUGAUGAGAAAUUGCUUGGAUAUUGUAAAAAUUUUAUUCGAAAGGAACUUAAUGAAAAAACAUUAGAAAUCUAUCUUCCAAUAGUUGUUAAAUAUCAACUUGAUGGAUUCAAUGAUAAACUUCGACAAAUUACAUUUGAAAAUGUAUUGCCAAAAAUUCAAAAUGAAUCGAUUCCAAAUUGA